GUGGGAGGGGAGACGGACCUGCCUGAGGGGGCGGGGCCGUGGAGGAGGCUGGAGAUGGAUGGAAGGGGCAGGGCACUGCGGCUGGGGGCAGGGCCUAGGGGAAGGGGGCGGAGUAACUGGGGCGUUUGAGAUGAUGGAGGGUUGAACGCCAAAAAUUCAUAAUCAUAGAAAAUGCCGGAGCGCCGCGGCGGGGGAGGGCCGCGCUCGGCGCCGACACGAGUGCCGCUGGCCUGAGCCGAACCUCUAGCUUAUACUGCCGCCGCCGCGGAAGCGUACGCCGACUGGGAAGCGAGGCGGUCUGAAGCGGAAUGAGGCGGAAUGAGGCGGAAUGAGGCGGAAAGAGGCGGAAGGAGGCGGAAGGAGGCCUGCGCGGCGCCGCCGUCCGCUCUCGCCGCGGCCGGCUGAGGGAAGAGGCCUGAUAACCUGCAUUUCUAAGAAGCUCCAAGAUGUUGCUGCUAGUUCCAGGACCACACUUUUGAAUUUGGAGGCUGAGAUGAAGAAAACCUGCUUGAUAUCAUACAGUCAGGAGUCAACUGAGUUGCGGCUUUGAACAUAGGUUUAUCUGAUGCCAAAGUUUGUGAUGCUCUUCAACUAUUUAGGGUACCUCAGAGUGUGGAUUUUGAAUCACCUGUGUCGCAUCAUUUAAGAAUAUGGAUUCUGUGGUGCUGACUAGGUCUCUGAAGUCAGAAUAUGAAGUGGAGCUAGGAAUCUACCUUCUUAACAAGUUCCCUAGGUAAUUCUUUAUUCAAACGUUUUUUGUUUGUAUUUUGAAAUGUGCCACACAUGCAGAAGAGUUUAUAAAACACAUAUACACAGUUUCAAAAGUAAUAGUAAAAUCCACUACCCAGGUUAACAUAUUGAAGAUUCGAGAGCUCUUGUGUGCUCACUUGUUUGAUACACCUUCUCCCCCAUCAGAGGGAACUACUCUUGUAACUUUUGUGGCCUUCAUUUCUUUGCUUUUCUUUAUAGAUCCCUAAGGGUAUCCCUGAAUGAUACAGUUUUGUUUGAAAGACUGAAAAGCCCAAACCUGGCACUUUUGGGAAAUAGCAGUAAAUCAUUGAUAUGUGAAGGUUCCCAGCAGGAGGAUAAAAAUUUACAGGAAUUCAGAGGAAAAUAUUUCAGUGGUCAUUACUAAAACGCUCAGAGUCAGAUACAUUCAGCAUCAUACUGUAAGUCCCGUUAGUCAAAGCAUAAACAAGUGCAGAACCUGGCGGGGCUUCCUUCAAGUUGGUUGAGUCCAUCUGGGAGGAUUCACUCAGCAAGAGGCAGAGGAACCAAGGCAGGAUGAAGACAUUGCCUGUGCUCGUGCUGUCUCUUACCUUACUGACUGUCUUCUCAGAGACCUCCCCGAUUUUGACGGAGAAGCAGGCCAAACAGCUCCUAAGAUCUCGGCGACAGGAUAGACCAAGCAAACCUGGAUUCCCCGACGAGCCAAUGCAGGAACACAUGCACCACCUGCUCGCCCUGGAGCAUCGCGCCGAGGAGCAGUUCCUGGAGCACUGGCUGAACCCUCACUGCAAACCCCAUUGUGACAGGAACAGGGUUUAUCCUGUGUAAGGGGAUCAGGACCAGCCUCGCUACCUGCCUUUCUUAGCUCCUGGCUCCUUCUUCCGUCUCAAAGCCAGCAAUGGUCCUUAUCAAAUCAAGAGGAGCCUCAGUGAGAUCUGGCAUGGAACAUGGAUUUCCAGCUCAAUACCAGCGUUGGAUAAGAUUUUUGGAGCGUCCUAGGGAUGCAAUGGGGAAACUGAGGACCGGAAGGAUGAAGAAACUUGCCCAAGGUCCCAUAGAAUAAAGUUCACAUCAGGACUCACACCCAAGUCUAGCUGACUCCAAAGUUCAUUUUGGAACCACCCACAACACGGACUUCCUGGAUCCCAGACUUUUGGAUGACUUGACUUCACCCCACAGCCUUUCAAGAGAGAAAAGGAUCUACUUUCUAGAUCUGGGACCUGGGAAAGUGGGCAGCUUUGGGUUCCUGGUGGGCCAGGAAUAGGGCUGGGGUUCCCAGAGUCCUGACUCAAAACCCAAGGCUGGCCGUUUCAAUAAAAGAAAAAACCAGA